CUUUGACACGACCCUGUCACAUGAAAGGGGAACUAACACGUAGCGUACGCCGGCCAAGCAGCGCAGGUGAAGGGUAUGAGUCUUUUGGGAAAAAGGAAGCUCAGCAGAGAGAAUGAACAUGUGCAAUCGAGAGGGAGGUCGCUGUGCAGAGAUGGCUAUGGUAUGCCUGACGGAUUUUGAGGAGUAUGCUAAAGAGCAUCUCUCAAAGGCCACCUGGGAUUAUUAUGCAGCUGGAGCGGACGAGUGCUGCACCCGGGACGACAAUCUGCUGGCUUACAAAAGGAUCCGUCUGAGGCCUCGCAUCCUGCGGGACGUGUCAGUGAGCGACACGCGGACCACGGUGCAGGGCACAGAAAUCAGCUUUCCAGUCGGUAUCGCACCGACUGCCUUUCACUGCCUGGCCUGGCAUGAAGGGGAGAUGGCCACUGCUCGGGCAACAGAGGCUCUCAACACCUGCUACAUCACCAGCACCUACUCCACCUGCUCAGUGGAGGAGAUUGUAGCAGCGGCACCAAACGGUUACCGCUGGUUCCAGCUUUAUGUGUACCGGGACCGGAAGCUGUCGGAACAGAUCGUGCACCGGGUAGAGGCGCUCGGCUACAAGGCCCUGGUCCUCACCGUCGACGUCCCCUACACGGGGAAGCGCCGCAACGACAUCCGCAACCAGUUCAAGCUGCCGCCUCACCUCAAGGUCAAGAACUUUGAUGGAGUGUUCCAGGUGCCACUACACUGUCAGCAAGAGACGGCGGGCCCAGAAGAGUACGGGAUCCCGGCCAACACCUUGGACCCCUCCAUCAGCUGGAAAGACGUGUACUGGCUGCAGUCCAUCACCCGCCUGCCUAUCAUCAUCAAGGGCAUCCUGACCAAGGAGGACGCCGAGCUGGCCGUUGAGCACGGCGUCCAAGGCAUCAUUGUGUCAAACCAUGGGGGGAGACAGCUGGACGGUGGCCCAGCUUCGAUCGACGCGCUGUCUGAGAUCGUGGACACGGUGCAGGGCAGGAUCGAGGUCUAUCUGGACGGAGGCAUCAGGACAGGAAGUGAUGUAUUGAAAGCCCUGGCCUUGGGAGCCAAGUGCGUUUUCAUUGGCCGUCCAGCAGUGUGGGGCCUUGCAUACAAGGGUGAGGAAGGAGUGAGGGAAGUACUGCAAAUCUUAAAUGACGAGUUCCGUCUAUCCAUGGCUCUAUCAGGUUGCAGGAACGUGGCUGAAAUCAACAGGAACUUGAUCCAGUUCUCCAAACUCUAACUACUCCAGCAGAGGGCAGCACUGAGGAGGACCCACUGAACAGGACUCACUACUGACUCAAACCAAAAGUGUUGAACAAGAGCCUGCAUCAGACUGCAUCAAGUCAAAGUGAAAGAUGUUCACCUCAGAACGCAUGUCUUAAUCACGUCAAAGGAAACACGAUACGUGCAAGCAGCUUCCAUGAUUUGGAAAUGACAUCCACUGUGUAUUCAUGCCAGAGUGUAUGGGUGCGAGAUUGUCCUGGGGAAGCUGAGGGUCGGCAGCAGAUUUAGCAAGUGAAUAAUGAAAGUGUUUAUGCUUUUGGAUUAGAGGGGGAUGGAGGCACUUAAUGAUCAUGACACCAACAAACCUCCUUUGGUUUUACUGUAACGAAUGCAACAGAUGAUGACAUACCAGUGCUUGUGCUUUAAUAAACACCUGCUGAGGGUGAUGAAGA